AUGAGUUCAUCGCAACAAGAAUUUCUCUUUUUUGAUACGAUUGCUCACGAUGGAGAAAUUGAACAGGUUCUUCAAGUUGAUGAAAUUAAAUUUGAUCAACCCGUAUACAUCGAUGAGAUUCGUAUCAUACCAUCUGGUUAUAAUGUAAUCGGUUUGGAAAAAUCUGCGACACGUAUGGGAGCAACAAAACCAAUGCCAUGUGAAUUAGAAUUUUUUGGAAAAAAUCUCAAUGCAAGAUCUAAUCGUGAUAGAGUAAGAUAUCGACGACUGGGAAAAAGACUUUUUCGUGAUGAAAAUGAUAUGAUCUAUUAUCCAUCACUUUCAAUUCCAACAGAUUCGAUGAUUGUCAAAGGAAAGUACGAUACUUUAACAGUAGCCGUUGUUGGCGUUCUAGCUCGACCAAAAUCUCCACCUCCUCGACAUGAUCCACCAAGUAAUAAUAAACAAAUUGUUGAUUUCUUACAGUCAGCAUUACCUCAUCGUGCACAUCCAAUGGAUACAUUACCAUUAGCUGUUGUUCCACCAGCAAACGCAUCUUCUACUCCAUUUGGUGUUCAACAACAUUCGCAUCCUUCUUCAAUUAUCGAUAAUGUAUCUCCAUCAUCUGCAGCUCAUUCUGAUGGUGUUUGGGUAGCUCCACCUGAACAACCAACAAGACAACAACCACAAGUGACAGGCACUUUUUCACAUAUUCAACCACAACGACCAACAUCAAACUUUGCUGGACCACCACAAACGCGUUUAAAUGGCAAGAUAAAUUUAAAAAAAAUGAUCAUCGGCCAUCAAUCUUCUCAGCAAUCGUAUCCUCCUAAUCGUCUUGAUGAUCAACAGCAGCAACAACAACAACAACAACAACAAUUAUCAUCGGCUCGAUCACAACCAGCGCCUAGUUUUAGUUCUCGACCAACAGCACGUACUAACUAUUCUCCAUCAGAUUAUCCACACAGUGAUAAACCACUUGACGAAAUCGAUGAAAAAUAUACAAGAGUCCCACCAAACAUGACACAAUAUCGUCCAAAUAUUCCUGAUCAUAUAACAGAUGAUUUAAGUCAACUUACAAAUCCUAUUGGUGUUUCAUUAAUAAAUCCACCAUUUUCACAUUUAUCACAUCAAAAUCCAUAUUCAAAUAGCAAUAAUAAUAAAAAAGACGAUGAUCAUCUGUUUCUUCAUCCAUCAUGUAUAGGAGAUAAUCAUCGACGAGUACAAGAUACAUAUACAAUGCCAUCUAAUAAUAGUAAUAAUAUUCAACAGCAAAUGUCAAGUGAUGGUGAUUCAUAUAUGUCUGAUGAUAAUACUUCUGAAAGUGAAGAAUCAAGUGUUCAUGGUGUACUAUUUAAUGAAGAUGAACAACAAGCAUUUAAACGUGAUGCAUUAUACAAUAGUCGUAGUUCAACGCGUUUUACUGCUCUUAAAACAUUUCAUUCACCAAUCAAAACAUCUUAUGAAAUUGAAUGUGAAAAAGCUCAUCAUGAAAAAUAUCGUCAAGCUAAUGAAGAACUUACUCUUUUUUUCCGAAAAGUUCUCUCACAUGUAACAAUUGAUCAUUGCGAUACAACAUUUCUUGAAUCAUUAGAAUCAAUAUGUACAAUAUUACCCAUUGCUUUAGCUUGUUUAGAUUCAAAUGAAGAGAAAGUAUCAGCUAUUCAACGUUUGACUGAAUGGACACUAAAAUUAAUCAAUAUUGAAUAUAUUAUGGAAAAACAAUUUACUGAAUUAAAAGAUACAUUAUAUAAAAUUCGAAUAAUAAAAUGUGGAAUACGAUUAUGUGGACAUUUAAGUGUAUUAACAGAAGAUAUAUCAAAUGAUUGGAUUAAAAAUGAUUAUCAAUCAAAAUUGUUAGAUUUACAUGAUGAUGAAUAUAUUGCACCAUCAGUCAAACUACUUAUUAUUAAAAUUCUUGAUCAAAGUUUAUUUUUUAAAUCGGGUUUACUUUGGUUUACUGGUCAACAUGCUGAAUUUCCAUCAACUACUCGUGAAUCACCUUAUUUUCGUUUAAUACAAAAAUUACAAACUGGAAAUGAAUUAAAACAAUCCACAGCAUUGAUAAAUUGUUUAAUAAGAAAAAUUCAUCUGAACGAAGAAUUUCUAUCAUUUCAAAUACAAAUUAAACUUUUAUCAUCUGAUGAACCUUCAUUAACAUUAGAUGAACGAAAAAUAACGUUAGAUCAACUUAAUAUAUCUCUUUCGACAAUUCGUGAUGUUUUAAUUAAUUCAACUGAUCUUAUUUCUCAAGAAAAAUCUUCUCAUAUAGCACCAUUUCAAUCGAUUCUCUCAGUUGUGUUUUCUAAAACAUCAAAUUAUGAAAAUUCAUGGCCAUCUGUAUUACGUAUGAUGGGUGAUAAUGAUCUUUUUAAAUCAUUAACUGUACUUAUACAUUUAUGUGUAUUAAAUCAAAGACAAGAUAUAUUUAAUAUAAUCGAAGAUAUUUUGAGAGAAUUUUUGAAUUCAUUUGAUGGAUUAAUUUAUCUCGCAAAUCAAAAAUCAACGCCAAAUGGUUUAUUAAAAGCUCUCUAUUUUGCUGAAACAAAAUUUGUUGGUAUUAAUAAUGAUCCAGUUGGUCCACAAUUAAUGUGUGCAUUUCAAACAUUAAGUCAUAUAGAUGAAUUAAAAUUUUUUAGUUUAAAAGAUGAUAUAGAAUUAGAUGAUAAUGAUCUUUUACAAGUUCUUCAUCGUCUUCUAUCAUUAAUUUUAUUUCAUCAUUAUGUAAGAAAAUUAUCUACUAAACGUCGAAUAAUUGUUCGAGUUUUUGCUAUGGAAACAAAUUUUCAACCAUUAUUACAUUUUAUUAAUUUUACAGGAGAAGGUGAAGCAAUAAAAAAUAGUAUUCAAACACGUUAUAUUGCUCGAAUUAUCUAUGAAUUAUUUGCUACAUCUGAUUCAAUUUACUUAUUAGAACAAUAUGGUCUUCGUUUAUAUGAUCUUUGUGAAAAACAUUCAAAUCAACGAUUAGUUCGUCUUCGAAAUUGGUUUUCACCAUUAUUAAAAAUUAAAUCAUUUGAUCAUACACAAGAAACAGCUAUUAAUCUUAUCAAUGAAGUAAAAACUCAACUAAACGAAUCAAAUAAUUCAGGAGAAUUAUCACCAAAUCUUAUAACUCUCUUACGUAUUAUACAAUAUUUAUCUAUUCCACCAGAUAAUCAAUUUAUUCUUGGAGCAAAAAUUGAACUUAAAUAUGAUUAUAUGCUUUUAAAACUAUAUAGUAACGGAAUAUAUUCAUUAUUAAUUAAUAUUCUUGAAAAAUGUGCUGAUGCAUUAUUACGUACAUGGCAAAUAGGUAUACCUAUGGUUGUUCAUGAUCGAAUUGUAAUAUAUGGAAUAUUGAUACCAGCAUUAACUGUUUUUAAAACAUUAUUACAGAAAUUAACUCUUGAUCGAAAAACAAAAUUUGUAGAUAUAACGCCAAUUCAUGCACUUUUUUCAAUUUAUACAGUCACACUUUGUGCAUCGCCAUCAACUGAAUUAGCUGAUGUUGAUAUUAUUCGAACCAAUUUAAUUGAUUCAUUUCUUGCAUAUACAUGGUCAAAUCAAUCAGAUAAUGAACAAAUAAAUGUUCAAAAUUGUGCUUGGACAUCAGUACUUAGAGAAAUUCUUCGUUUAACAACACUUUUUCCAUAUUCAAUUACGAGUGGUUUAUGUUUACUUACAGAACUUUUACCCAUUCCGUUACCACUUACUGUUCGACAGCCAUUAGCAGAAAAUGAAAUAAAUGCAAUAAAAGAUGAUUUUCAUCGUUAUCAUACAGUUGUUCAUUAUAUUUGGACACAUGAUAGUAAUCAUUGUUUGCAAAAAUUAAUUCAAUCAUUAUUUCAUACAUCAAAUUCCAUAAUGCAAGAAAUUCUUCGACGUCUAUGUAUGCAAUUAAUUGAUUUAGGUCCAAAAUUAGCUAAACCUAUUAUGAAACUAUUAAUGGAUGAACUUAUAUCAACAUGGAAAACUGAUCAUAGCGAAACAGCUAAAGUAUCAAAACAAGCAAUUCAUGAUUCUGCUCGUUUAGUUGUAUUUAUUGCAUCAAUUAUUGCUACACGAUCUGGAAAAUGUGCUUUAUUAUCACUUUUAAAUUUUUCCGAUGAAAAAUAUACAACAAUUAUUCAAGAUCUGCUAGAAUAUAUUCAUAUACGAGCUGAAUCAAAUGAAACAUGUCUUUGUCAAGAAGCUAUUAUGUCAAUUAUUCAAACAUUAUGUGAUGCAAAUAUAUGUCUCUCAUCACCGAAAUCUUCUGACAAUUCUUUACAAAUACUUGCUAAUGCAUUACCAAAUCAAGAACUUUUAUCGAAUAUAUUAAUUCAUAUUCUUCGUUUAUUAUCAUCAACAAAACACCAACAAACAUGGACACAAACGACAAUGGGACUUCGCACAAUGAUUUCACUUGCUGAACAUGAUUUUGGUUUAGAAAUGAUUCGAAUAGCUUUAACACAAAAUAAGGAAGUUUUUUGUACAUUAAUUGCUGAAUUUGAUCUUCGAUUUGAUAAAGAACAACCAGAUUAUCUUGAAGCUGUAUCUGCUUUAAUGGUAUUUUUACAAAGAAUUUUAACUGUUGAAACUAUUCCAGAUUCAUAUUUUAUUCGAACACAAUCUUUACCAGUAACAUUUUGUCGUGAACUACUUGGUGUCUCAUUGGAUAAUGAAAGUCAAUUAGAAAAAUUUAUUGAUUUAAUCAAUGCAGUUGUUAAUGAUGAUUCAUCUAAUACGCAUGAUAAUGAAAAUAAACAACAAACAAAUGAUAAUGCAGAUGUUUUAGAACAGAAUGAAGAAGAUCAACAAUGUCUUCAAACAUUACAAAAAAUUUUUGAACGAGCAAAUAGUAUUAUUCAAUCACUUAAAAUGACUGGCAAUGAUCAAGAAUUAUUACCAAAAAAUGAAAUAAUUCUUCCAAGAUCUGAAUUAAUUGAUAUUCAAUUUCAAAAUCGUGUUGUAUAUACAAUUGUUAAUGAUUAUAUCGAUGAUCAACGAAGUUCUGAACUUUAUUGGUUUGGUAUUCCACCACCAUCAAUAUUAGAUGAUGUCGAUUAUGUACAAGAUGAAACAACAACACAUCCAGAUGAAACAAAUGAUAAAAUUAAAUGUGAUCUUGAAGAUUUAAUUGGUAAAUAUUGUGGAACAUUUGAUUUCUUCAAUGAAUAUAAGAAAGAAAUAAUUGAUAAAAUAUCAAAAAAACGAAAAACAUCACCUAAAAAACGUACAGUUACAGUUGAACCACCAACUCAUGUUGAUACAUCAAUAAUAACAACAAGUGUAUCCAAAGGACGUACACCAUGGAGUGCACCAAUGCGUGGAAAUAAUCGUCGAAAUGUUCGACCUGGUAAUAUGAAUACAAAUAAUGCACCACCUGGCGGUAUUCGACGUACAGAUCAUUUUCGUAAUCGUCCAUUAAAUACUAGUCGUCCACCAUCAAUGCAUGUUGACGAAUUUGAAAAACAAUUUAAUGAUAAUACUAAUGGAAAUAAUGGAACAAAUUCAUCUUCAUCAUCAAAUAAUAAUAAUAACAAUAUUAAUGAUAAUAAUAAUAAUAACAAUGGAAAUAAUAAUACAAAUGAAAAUGAUAUGAUUUCAUCAAUGCAAUCAUCAAAUGAUGGAGGAUCUGAUCGAGAACGAUGGUCACGUCGAGGUAAUAUGCCAAAUUUUCGAAUCAAUUCAUCAUCAUCUAAUCAUCGAUAUCCAUUCUCAUCAAGUAAUCCCGGUUAUCCUGGUUUUAGUCUUCGUGAUCGUUUACCAUAUGGUUAUCCAUCAUCAUCACGCUAUCCUACAUUUGAAACGGAUUUUCCUCCGCCAUAUUUCGUUGGAGAUGAACUUGCUGAUGAUCGUCAUUAUGAUUAUUAUCCAAUGAGUAUGCCUUUUGAUUCUGUUCGAUAUCGACCUCAUUUUGGACGAUAUGAUCCAAGUGGAUUUCAUUAA